CUCACACUGGACCCAAACACAGUAGACAGACACCUCUCUCUGUCUGAGGAGAACAGAAAGGUGACAUGGAGGACAGAGGAGCAGCCGUAUCCUGAUCACCCAGAGAGAUUUGAGGACUGGGGACAGGUGCUGUGUAGAGAGGGUCUGACUGGGCGCUGUUACUGGGAGGUAGAGUGGAGUGGGAUAAUGGGGGCUGGCAUAGGAGUGACAUAUAAAGGAAUCAGCAGGAGAGGAGGGGCUGAGGACUGUCUGAUUGGAUUUAAUGACAAGUCCUGGACUCUUUUCUGCUAUGACAACAGUUACACUGCCUGUCACAAUAAUAAUCCCACUACCAUAGACGUCCCCUCCUCCAGCUCCCACAGAGUAGGAGUGUAUCUGGACUGGCCAGCCGGCACUCUAUCCUUCUACAGAGUCUCCUCUGACACACUGACCCACCUGUACACAUUCACCUCCACAUUCACUGAGCCCCUCUAUCCAGGGUUUCAUGUUCAUGGACUCCUUUGUCCCUGUAAAUAA